GAGUGGCAGCAUGCAACAGUGGGAAUGAGCAUCGAUCUGAUGAGCUAAUCCCCAGAGCAGGCAGGAGGAGGCACCAGACUAAUGUAACUGCUUAUCAGGAUGAACUGCAACACCACCAGCGGCACAGUGCAAGAAAAUCUUAACCUUUUACAACUGAUUAUUUACAUCCCACUUGUCUUUUUUGGAGUUAUAUUUAAUAUCAUUGCCUUCUGGGUAUUCUGCUGCAAGCUGAAAAAAUGGACAGAAACCAGAGUGUACAUGAUCAACUUGGUCAUUGCAGACUGUUUUCUUGUCUUCACCUUGCCUUUCAUUGCGCAUUUUCACAGGACUGGACAUCCCAUAGAUAAACUGUGCUAUGUCAUACAGACUAUAUAUUUUACAAACAUGCCUGUAAGCAUCUAUAUCAUCACCCUUAUAGCCGUCGACCGAUUCAUUGCAAUAAAGUACCCCCUGAAAGCAAAGAAUUUCAGGUCCCCAUUGAAGGCAGCUGUUAGCUGCGGAUUUCUUUGGAUAAUAAUAAUAAUUUAUGCAUACUUCAAUCCACGAUUUACUGAGAAAAGUGCAAAAACUUGCUUUCGGAAAACUUCUGAUGACCCUGCAGAAACUAUACUGUUGUCAAGUAUUUUGGGUUUUUUUAUACCACUAGUAAUACUGAGUUUUUGUUCUAUUCAAGUCAUCCGAUGUCUGAAGAUGAAGAACAACAUGAGUCCACCUGAGGAAACAUCAAUCCAGAAGGCUCUCUGGAUUGUUUCUAUGAACCUGAGUGUAUUUAUCAUAUGUUUUUUACCUUUUAACGUCGGGCUACUUGUUAGGUAUGCAAUGGACGCAACUGGAGCUGCCUGCUCUUUACGCAACAAUGCAAGCCUUUUCAUUCGUGUGGCUGCAUGGGUAGCAAAUUCUAACUGCUGCUUGGAUACUCUUUGUUAUUACUUUGUAGCCAAGGAAUUUCAGGAAGCUUCUUCUCUGUUACCCCCUUUUAAAUCUCUGAAGUCUAGAUCAAAUGAAAGCUAAAUCACAACCACAAAUGUGCUAAGUGAUCACAAAAAAAUGUGUGAUACAAGGGCAGAUCCAAAGCACAUAUAAAUUGUCAUAGCUCCACUGACUUGCCAUAAAGUCUGUUAUUAUCAUGGGUAAUAGUCACAAAAACUUCGUCAAAGUGUACCUGAUUCUGAUCUCACUUAUACUCGUCUUACAGCAUUCUGACUCGAGUGAUUUCAACCAAGUUACUUCUGAUUUAUACCAAUGUAACUGAGAUUCCAGUCAGGAUCAAUGUUUCUCUUUGAAGCUAUGCAUAUGCGUAUUUUAUUACUGACAUGCUUUCCUUUGCAUAUACAGCAUUAACCAGCUAACUACAGGCGGCUUUCACGCAACAGUACAAGGGUCAGUUAGUUUCUUGUACUGCUGUGAAUGUGUUUGUAAUAAAACCGAUGCAGUAUCAGAAUGUAAAUACUGAGAUGUGUAUCUUUCACAUUAUAUUGGGUUUGCAUAAUUUACAAUAUGUUAUUUUCCUUCCUGCUGCUUUCAGCCAAACAGUAUACAUUUGAAGAAUGAAGCUGCCAUUGGAAUUUAGCUUAUCUCAAUUAGCAGAAUUAUCACCAACACUAGUAAACUACUGGUGUAACCCCCCUUUCCUCCCUGGGUGACUCGGGAGCAGGCAACACUCAUCUGUAUGCCUGAUGUUGUUGACAUUAAAGGAGAUCCUGAGUAGCCCAGUGAUGAUGUUGGAUAGGUGGGAAUCCUCUAUCCACCCCUCUGCUGCAGUCCCUUUACUCCUAAAGGAAUUUAAAUUUGGCAGUGCCUCCGCAUACUGGCCCCUGUACACACUCAAUGGUGUGCCCUGGGAACCUCCAGGAAUAAACCUAUUCUAAUAAUAAUAAUAAUGUGGCAUGUGCCUAAGUCAAAGCCCCUACAGGCUCUCAGCAGCACCUCCUGACUUCCUAGCAGCAGCUCCUGGUAUGGACAGAGCCCCACACCAGCAAUCUCGCCCUUUCCCCAAAAUGGAGUCCACCGCCUCUCUCCCUGUACUCCCUGGAAGAGGAAGUGUCUCACUUUUUCCCCAAGGCAUCUUGGGAGUUGUGGUCUCUAAGGCUAAAUUGCAGCACACAGGAUCUUCCCAGUUGGGACAGUCCCAACAAAGUUCAGAGGUCCGUCUAGUAAAGGGGCCUACACUGGUGAUAUAAGAACAAGGCUCAAUUUCUGUGGAAGUUUUCUUUUAAUCUGGUGCAUUGUUACAAUUAUGGAGGUUUUUCUCCUGUUUGUAAUAAUAAUUAAAGGGUCUAAUAUUCUAUGAGAUGAGGGAGAUGUACAAAGUAUUGUGUGUUGUGUGACAUGGAAAAUUAUAUGAAGUGAAAUAGCAACAAUAAAAUGUGAAGAAAUGAGGCUA